AUGUCUUUACAAGAAACACUCUUAACUCAGCUUCAAGAAAAUCCUUUAAACUGGUUCUUAUCAGGAUUUCUAAUUUACGUUAUUUAUUCUUAUCUAAGUCCAGUGCCGUAUAAUUUGCCAGUUGCAAGGCACGCAGAAACUACAGUAUUUCGGGAAUAUACUCCAAAACAGCUGCGAGAGUUUGAUGGCAGAACUUCACAAACAAAGAUAUAUAUUGGCAUUCGUGGUAACGUUUAUGAUGUUACCAAAGGUCGAAAUUUUUACGGACCAGAUGGCCCAUAUGGAAAUUUUGCGGGUCGUGAUGCCUCCCGUGGUCUAGCAAAAAAUUCAUUUGAUAUGGACGUACUUACACCUAUUGAUCAACCGUUAGAUACCCUUGAAGAUUUAACUAGAGAUGAAAUUGACAGUCUUAAUGAUUGGCACGGUCAUUUCGCCGGAAAAUACCAACAUGUUGGUAAUUUAGUUAAUGAUCGUGACGUUCUUUAA